CCAUUACCCGGACAUCUGAGUGUGUGACCCCGCACUGUCAAAAGCAGGAAAUGAACGCUUAAAAGUGCUAUAAUGUGAGCGAUGUGAGUUAUUUCCCCCCUAUUCUCCUUUAUUUACACAAUAUCUAGGUGCAUCUGAACGUGUGGGUCGCAUUGUCUGGAAGGCAAACGGCAUGGUACCCAGAUUGUCAGUGGAAGAAAGGAAACCCAGAUACAGUUUACACUAAUGCUAAUGAUAAGUCCCAAAAUGGCCUCAGGAGCGCAAGAGAAACAGUUCACACAAUCCCUUCUGAGUUUUUUCAUUUAUAACCCUACGCUUGGACCACGCGAAGGAGAGGAAGAGAAAAAGAUUUUGUUUUACCACCCGAGUGAGGUCGAGAAGAAUGAGAAAAUCCGAAAUGUGGGCCUUUGUGAAGCAAUUGUUCAGUUCACCAGGACUUUCUGUCCAACAAAACCAGCAAAAUCUCUGCACACACAGAAGAAUCGGCAGUUUUUCUUUGAGCCAGAGGAACAUUUUUGGAUAGUCAUGGUUGUUCGAAACCCAAUGAUUGAGAAGCCGAACAAAGAUGGCAAACCUCCAACGAUAGAGUAUCAAGAAGAGGAAAUACUGGAUACGGUUUAUGGUGCAGUGGUUCGGCAGUGCUACAGCAUGUACAAGCUAUUUAACGGCACCUUUGGUCGAGCGAUGGAAGCGGGUGGAGUGGAGCUGCUCAUUCAGAAGCUUGAAAAGUUUUUCUACAGGUAUCUGCAGACGCUCCACUUGCAGUCCUGUGACCUGCUGGAUGUAUUCGGAGGCAUCAGCUUCUUUCCGCUGGACAAGAUGACCUACCUGAAGAUUCAGUCAUUUGUUAACAGAGUGGAGGAGAGCCUCAGCCUCAUCAAAUACACGUCCUUCCUCUAUAACGACCAGCUUAUCUGGAGUGGGCUGGAACAGGACGACAUGAGGAUCCUUUACAAAUACUUGACCACGUCUCUUUUUCCCAGGCAUUCGGAGCCUGAGUUGGCUGGUAGAGACUCUCCUCUGAGGCCUGAAGUCACGGGAAAUCUGUUGCACUAUGGGAGGUUUCUGACAGGACCUACUAACCUUAAAGAUCCAGAGGCUAAGUUCCGAUUUCCAAAAAUAUUUGUCAGUGCAGAGGAUGGCUACGAAGAGCUGCAUCUCAUCGUUUAUAAGGCGAUGAGCGCUGCUGCUUGUUUUAUGAUCAGUGCCUCUGUUGAGCUGACCAGGGACUUCUGUGAGCAGCUGGACAGCUUGGUGGGCCCCCAGCUCACUCUGCUGGCAUCAGAUAUAUGUGAACAGUUCACAAUAAACCGCAGGAUUUCUGGGCCGGAGAAGGAGCCCCAGUUUAAGUUCAUCUACUUUAACCACAUGAAUCUGGCGGAGAAGAGCACUAUUCACAUGAGAAAAACCGCCAGUGUGUGUCUCACCUCAGUCCACCCUGACCUCAUGAAGAUUUUGGGCGACAUCAACUGUGACUUUGCAAGGGUUGAUGAAGACGAGGAAAUCAUCGUGAAAGCUAUGACCGACUACUGGGUUGUCGGUAAGAAGUCCGACCAGCGAGAGCUGUAUGUGAUCUUAAACCAAAAAAAUGCCAAUCUCAUUGAAGUAAAUGAGGAAGUAAAGAGGCUUUGUGCAACACAGUUCAACAACAUUUUCUUUUUGGACUGAGCAGACACUCUAAAGACUCUC